AUGCAGCUGCCGCCCGCCCUGCGCGCCCGCCUGGCGGAGGGCCCCGGUGCGGCUGAGCCGCUGCCAGUGGUGCGGGACCCCGCGGCAGGGGCGGCACCCUUUCGUUUCGCGGCGCGCCUGGUCCGCUUCCCGCGAGAGCACGAGUUCUUCGAGGAAGGGGACGUGCAGCGGCACCUGUAUCUACAAGAUGUGUUCACGCAGGUGGCUGAGGCGCCCGAGAGGCCCAGGGUGCCCGAGUUCCCCUGCCAGGUUGCGGGCUGCUGCCAGGUGUUUGACACCUUGGAGGGCUAUGAGCACCACUACCACACACUCCAUGGGAAUGUCUGCUCCAUCUGCAAGCGGGCCUUCCCCUCCGGCCACCUGCUGGACAGCCACCUCCUGGAGUGGCAUGAUGCCUUCUUCCAGAUCCUGGCUGAGAGGCAGGACAUGUACCGAUGCUUGGUGGAAGGCUGUGAGGAGAAAUUCAGGAGCAGCCAUGCCCGAAAGGAGCACAUGGUGAGGAGUCACCUGUACCCAGCGGACUUCCGGUUUGACAAGCCCAGGAAGAACAGAGGUCCAGCACCCCCGGGAGCUGUGGUGCCCGUGUCAGCCAAAGCCCUGGGGGGUCAUGGCGAGCAGUCAGAAGACGCCAUGGAGGUCUCUUGCAACGGACCCGUGGUGUCCCUGCCAGCACCCGCGGAGGAGGGCUGGGUCACGCCAGAGCUCCCCGGGAGGCGGGCCUAUAGCCACAGGGUCCCUGCCACCAUCUGUUUUGGUCAAGGUGCAUCCCGGGGUUUUCAAAGCACCAAGAAGAGAGUCCAAUCGCCGCGGCCGGUGACGCUUGGGCCCCGGCGCCCAUUGGCCGCGGACCGGGCGGGGCGGGCCGGGAGGCCGUCGCGUGGGACCGUGGGCCAGGACUCGUCGCGGCCGGGCCCCCGACGCUCCCGCCGCCGACCAGUCUCCCGGAAUCGCGCGUACCAGUCUCUGCCUGCCAGCCCGGUGCGGGGGUCGGCUCAUUGGCCGCGAGAAGAUCCGGCCACGCGGAGAGCUGAGUGCCAUCAAAGGCGCGGCCCCAGCGAGCGGCGCCGGCGCCUUCCCGCAGUGUCGCCCCCGCUGUCGCCAUCGGCUUUUCUUCCCGCUGCGCCUCCACCGAACCUGGGACCUCUGGCGGGGUCCUGCUUCGCCCCCUGUGUUCUCCCCACCUCCCGGAGGCCGCAAGGAACGGUCUCGUGCGUGCCAACGGGCUACCCCGCCUCCAUCCCCUUGCAGCGGGUCUACUGUGUCCUUGGCUAUUCGGGCCGGUCAAGCAGCCGCAUGUCCUGCCGGGUGGAGGCCAGGAGGGGCGCGUCGCAGGUCACUGGGCAGGGACGAGGGCGGCCCUCCUACACAUCUCCAGGCGCACGGCUCCGGAGGCUCUCAGCCGCAGCCGCGAGCUCUGGUCUGACGGCGACGCCUCUGCGCCCCGGGGCUCGUGUGUGGCGCGGGGUGUUUAGUUCGCCGCCAGCCUCUCGAGCUCCGCGCUAG